CCGCCCCCUCCCAACCCAGCCGGUGCUGGGGCCGGGCCGCCACCUGCACCGCGGGGGAGCCGCUCGCCGCGGGAGCGUCAGGAGGGCACGCGUCCGCGGCUGAACCGCGGAAGGGCCGGUAAGGAGCCGAGCCUCGGGAGAUGGCCCUGGGGGCCCCCGCACUGCUGCUGCUGCUGCUCCCACUACUGCCGCUCCACGCCGCCGGCUGCCCAGGAGCCUGCCGCUGCUACAGCGCCACGGUGGAGUGUGGCGCCCUGCGGUUGCGCGUCGUCCCGCUGGGAAUCCCGCCAGGGACGCAGACACUGUUCCUGCAGGACAACGACAUCGCGCGCCUAGAGCCAGGAGCCCUGGCGCCACUCGCCGCUCUGCGCCGACUCUACCUGCACAACAACAGCCUGCGCGCCCUGGAGGCCGGCGCCUUCCGCGCGCAGCCGCGCCUGCUGGAGCUGGCGCUCACCAGCAACCGGCUGCGCACCUUGCGCAGCGGCGCCUUCGCAGGCCUGGCCCAGCUGCGCGUGCUCUACCUGGCGGGCAACCAGCUGGCGCGGCUGCUGGAUUUCACCUUCUUGCACCUGCCGCGACUGCAGGAGCUUCACCUGCAAGAAAACAGCAUUGAGCUGCUGGAGGACCAGGCUCUAGCGGGGCUGUCCUCCCUAGCACUGCUGGACCUCAGCAGGAACCAGCUGGGCACCAUCAGCCGAGAGGCCCUGCAGCCCCUGGCCAGUCUGCAAGUCCUGCGCCUCACAGAGAACCCAUGGCGCUGUGACUGCGCCCUGCACUGGCUGGGUGCCUGGAUCAAGGAGGGCGGCCAGCGGCUGCUCACCUCCAGGGACAGGAAGAUCAUGUGUGCAGAGCCCCCGCGCCUAGCGCUCCAGAGUCUGCUGGACGUAUCCCACAGCAGCCUCAUCUGCAUUCCGCCCUCUGUCCACGUGCAGCCGCUGGAGCUCACAGCCAACCUGGGUGAGGACCUGCGGGUUGCCUGCCAAGCCUCCGGCUACCCGCAGCCAUUGGUGACCUGGAGAAAGGUGCCCCAGCCUCGCGAGGGCCGGCCGCGAGCCCAGGCUCAGCUAGAAGGCGGGGCGCUGGGCCUGGGCGGACACUCGGCAUCCGACACGGGCAGCGGCAUGCUCUUCCUCAGCAACAUCACGCUGGCGCACGCCGGCAAGUACGAGUGCGAGGCCUCCAACGCCGGCGGCGCUGCCCGCGUGCCCUUCCGGCUCCUGGUCAACGCGUCCCUGCAGCAGCCGCAGCAGCCCGCGCAACCGCCGCCUCCGGCCGCCCGCCCCGCCGGCCGCGAGCCCCGGCCCGAGGUGGGCAGCAUGGCCUUCCGCGCCCUGGGCUUGGCAACGCAGACGGCCAUUGCGGCGGCCAUCGCGCUGCUGGCGCUCACGGCGCUGCUCCUGGUCGCCAUGAUCUGUCGCCGGCGCCGCAGGCGAAAAAAGGCGCGGGGGCCCCCGGGGGAGGGCGCACUGUUCGUCAACGACUACUCGGACGGCCCCUGUACGUUCGCACAGCUAGAGGAGCUCCGCGACGAGCGCGGCCACGAGAUGUUCGUCAUCAACCGCUCCAAGCCGCUCUUCGCCGAGGGUCCGGCGGAGGCGCCUGCGGACUGCGGACCGGCAGAGGGGGCGGGGCCGGGGCUCCGCGUGCCCCCGCCGGUCGCCUACGAGAUCCACUGCUAGGGCCGCGGGCGCGCGGAUGACGUAGGCGCCGGAGAUUGGCCGGUGCGGCCUCGCGCAUGCUCCAUCAGUAAAAGUGGAAGCCGCGCAGUGUGCGCUGA